AUGGCGAUGAACGCCCCCAUGCAGCCCAAUUUUCCUCGUGGCUACCCUCAAGCCGCGCAGCGUUCUCCCGCCACACCUCGUCGCGGCGCCCCAGGCCCAGGCCCAGGACCAGCUAUGCCUAUGCCUCCUCAUCCUCAACAAGGCAUCCCUAACCCGCAAUACAUGGCCGCCGCUCACGCCGCCGCUCAGCGCAACAUGCCACAGGUCAACGAUGCUGCCCUGCGACGUAGUCGGAAGCCGACUGAUAAAACUAUCCCCGAGGGCGUGGAAGAUGUGAUCAUCGGGGAAGGAGUACAGCAAUACAAGAGUCUCCAGGAGUUGGAAAAGAAAAUGGACGCCGCGAUGGUUCGAAAGAGACUUGAUAUUCAGGAUUCGAUCAGCCGGACGGUCAAGCGAUACCGGACUCUCCGCAUCUGGAUCUCCAACACGGUGGAGGAUCAGCCAUGGCAGAAGGUCGGCGAGCACAACGGAACAGGCGGCGCCACCAACCCCGGUUCUGGACGCUACAAAGUGAAAAUCGAGGGAAGACUGUUGGAUGAUGACAGCGACCCUACCGUCCCUGCCGAUGACAGCGACGAUGAGAAUGAUGGAGACGAUGCGCAGAAGGACGGCGAUGCGAUGGAUGAGGAUGGCCCCAAGGAAGAAAAAUCCAAGAAAUCCAGGCUACCAAAGCGGCCACGACAGCGGUUCUCGCAUUUCUUCAAAUCCAUUACCAUCGAUUUUGACAAGACGCCGACAGCAAAACCUGAAGACAUCGCCCCGAUCACCUGGACCAAGCCCCAAUUGCCACCCAAUGCAACCUCGUUACCUCCCAACGCCGACUUUGACUCCUUGCAAUUCUCCCGUCCUUCGCAAGAGAAUCUGAACAUUACCGUGAGUCUCGUGAGGGACGAGACCCCCGAAAGAUACAAGUUGAGUAAGGAACUGGCUGAAGUCCUUGACGUGGAGGAAGAAACCCGCAGCGGGAUUGUGCUCGGAAUCUGGGACUACAUUAGAACCAUGGGUCUGCAAGAGGAUGAAGAGAAGCGACAAGUCCGCUGCGACGAUCGUUUGAGAGCUAUCUUCGGACGUGAGCAGAUGUUUUUCCCACAGAUCCCGGAUGCCAUCGGCGCGCACACGACUCCUCUUGAUCCCAUCAAGUUACCCUACACGAUUCGUGUCGACCAGGACUUCCAUAGGAAUCCGACCCCCACCAUCUAUGACAUUCGCGUGGCGGUAGACGAUCCGCUGCGGCAGAAGAUGAUCGCCCUGACCUCGAACCCGCAGUACGCGGCCUCAAUCCGGCAGAUCAGCCUGCUCGAUGACCAGCUCGCCCUCAUCAUCCAGGCGUUGAUGCACUCCAAGGCCCGCCACUCCUUCUACACCGCCCUCAGCAAAGACCCAGCCAACUUCAUCCGCCGUUGGCUCAACUCCCAGCGCAGAGACCUCGAGACAAUCCUGGGCGAGGCCACCCGCGGUGGUGGUGAGGAUGGCAAUGCGCCUGAAUUCAGACGCGGUGGUGACAACAGUGUCUGGAACGCCCCUGUGGCCAGGGAAGCGGUCCGGUACAUGCUUGCCAAACCCGAAGCCGCUGCUGCUGCUCGGUGA